AUGGCGUCAGGACUGCCGCGGUUCUUGCUCCCAGCGUCGGUCCUCUUCUUAGCUCUUCUUAACUUGCCGGCGGCGGAGGAGAGCGGCGCCGCGACGGCCCUUCUGGAGUUCAAGCGCAAGUUGCUGGACGUGGACAACCACCUCUCUACCUGGUCCAGCACGGGCGCGGACCCGUGUGAGUGGGCCGGCGUUGCCUGCUCCAUUAGCGGAGAGGUGACUGGCGUCACGCUCCACGGCCUCAACCUCCACGGCGAGCUCUCCACCGCCGUCUGCAAGCUCCCGCGCCUCUCCGUGCUCAACGUCUCCAGGAACGCGCUCACUGGCCCCGUCCCCGCUGGCCUCGCCGCCUGCACCGCGCUCGAGGUCCUCGACCUCAGCACCAACUCCCUCCAUGGUGCCAUUCCUCCGGAACUCUGCUCGGUGCACAGCCUGCGCCGGCUCUUCCUCAGCGAGAACCUGCUUUUUGGUAGGAUCCCGGAGGCCAUCGGCAACCUCACCGACCUCGAGGAGCUGGAAAUCUACAGCAACAACCUCACCGGCAGGAUCCCCAACUCCAUGCGCGCGCUCCAGCAGCUCCGCGUCGUGCGCGCGGGGUACAACGACCUCUCCGGCCCUAUCCCCGUCGACCUCACCUAUAGCGCGAGCCUCGAGGUGCUCGGGUUCGCGCACAACCACCUGAACGGGACGCUGCCCAAGGAGCUCUCCCGCCUCAAGAACCUCACCACAUUGAUCCUCUGGCAGAACUACCUCUCUGGCGAGGUGCCGCCGGAGCUCGGCGACUGCACGAACCUCCAGACGCUCGCCCUUAACGACAACGCCUUCACCGGCGGCGUGCCCAAGGAGCUCGGGGCGCUGCCGUCACUCUCAAAGCUGUACAUUUACCGGAACCAGCUCGACGGCACCAUCCCACCGGAGCUGGGAAAUCUGCAGAGUGUCCUGGGGAUUGACCUCUCGCAGAACAAGCUCACCGGCGUCAUCCCCGGCGAGCUCGGUCGCAUACCCACGCUCCGGCUACUCUUCCUCUCCAAUAACUCUCUGCAAGGUAGCAUCCCACCGGAGCUGGGAAACCUGCAGAGUGCCCUGAAGAUUGACCUCUCGCAGAACAAUCUCACCGGCGUCAUCCCCGGCGAGCUCGGUCGCAUACCCACGCUCCGGCUACUCUUCCUCUUCGAUAACUAUCUGCAAGGUAGCAUCCCACCGGAGCUGGGAAACCUGCAGAGUGCCAUGGAGAUUGACCUCUCUGACAACGUGCUCACCGGCGUCAUCCCCGGCGAGCUCGGUCGCAUACCCACGCUCCGGCUACUCUACCUUUUCGUUAACUAUCUGCAAGGUAGCAUCCCACCGGAGCUCGCCCAGCUUAGCAGAAUAAGAAUGAUUGACCUGUCCGGCAACAACCUCAGUGGCACAAUUCCGACAGGGUUUCAGAACCUGAAAUGGUUGGAAGUUCUGCAAUUAGCUUACAACGACCUCCAUGGCGUCAUCCCUCCAUUGUUGGGGGCUAAUAACAGCCAACUCAGGUACCUCGACUUGACAGACAACCAGCUGACGGGGAGCAUCCCUCCUUACCUCUGCAAGCACCAGAAGCUCAGAUUCUUGUAUCUCGGAUGGAACUUCCUCGUCGGCAACAUCCCUCCAGGAGUGAAGGACUGCACUACUCUGACGCGUCUCUGGUUGGACAACAACAUGCUGACCGGAAGCUUGUAG